CCUAUAUUAACACAUUCACCAAAUGUUGCAAUACCCAUAUGAUCCAUAUGCAUCAGAUACAAAAUUUUAUAACUUGAUCAAUGAACAUAACUUGCCCAUUCGCUCAUGCAUGCUCUGCCCAACACAAAAGAUAAUGCAACUAGAAGCACUUGAGUAACUUGUCAACCAUCAUUUAUUCUAUCUCCAUAAGGAUAUUCAAAUGCAUUGGUUUCCAACCAUACGUGAACCAAUUUCUAGAAAAGACAGGCAAUUGCAAAAAGGACCAAACUUUCAAUUACCUACACACUAUAUUGCAAUUCAAUCGAAUCCAGCUCAAUUGUGAAUCAAGUUAUCAUGCAAUGCAAAUCUUGAUUUCGAUCGAAACAUAUACCUAUCGUUCCAAAACAUAUUUUCCUCGCAUUUUUGUAGCCUAAUCACUCGGGGGAUUUGGUUAAAGAUUUGAUCUUUCCUUCUCCAAACUCCACCCACCACCAGCCACCAUCCCCUCAUUUUAGCUGCUUAAAGGGGUAAAAGGAAAGAAAGCUCCCUCGUUCCUCCAGCCAUUUGGACAGGUGAGAAACAUUAAAAAGUAGUAUGACCAAAUCAAUGCUAUAUUAAGCCCGACUUUCCAUCCCUCCAAAAUUUAAGUUCAAUCAUCAAAUUUGAUUAUACUUACUCGCUCUUAAUUCUGGCUUUGUCAUUUAACCUUCUUUUUUUUUUUUUACAAUGCUUUGUCAUUUAACCAAAACAUCACUAACAACCCACUUGUAACAAGAAAAACCCAAAUUUAGAAGCCAGUCCCCUUCCAUGGUUUGAGUAUCUUUGUAAAAAAAGUUUGCAAAUUCAUAUUUAAAUUUUCUCUCGGUAAGAGGGAGAAAUUAAUUGGGGGGAGAGAGAGGAUUGCCCUUUCUUCCUUUCCCAUUUGUGUAAAACUAAUGUUUAGGGCAGAGGGAAAGAAAGCGAGAACAGGGAGGGAAGGAAGUAAACAAAUGAAGAAGUGAACACAACAGAGAAAAGGGUAAACAAAUUGAAUUGUUUUUGCAUAUUUCGUUUCUGUAUCCUUGCUUGCAUCAUGAAUUCAUCUUUGAAUCCCAAGAGAGAGACUGUGUGUGUGUGUUUUUUUCUAGAGAGAGCAAUUCUCAUGCAUAAAAAAAGAUUUGUUCAGAAAGGUGGUGCUGCCAUUUCAUCUCUGGGUUUUUGGUGCCUGAUGUGGAUUUAGUUAUUGGAUAUUGAUGUAUGGUUGUUUCAAUUUGAUGUCAAAUCUCAGCAUUUUGAGGGGGUGUCCCUCUUGGAAUCAAAGACCUGGUUGUGGGGAUUCCAUAUUCUUGAUAGUUCUAUUUGUUCUUCUUGCUUUGGCUUCAUGGUGAUUUUUCAGAUUCUGUUUUCUGCAUAUUAGUUCAGAAAGGUUUGAACUUUUGCUUGCUGCUGCUGCUGUUGCCGAGAUUUUGGGAUCGACAUGGGGAACUGCUGCGCAAGCCCUGGUAGUAACAGUUCUCCCCAUGGAUCCCCUGGGAGAAAGAACAAACAAGAUAAAGCCAAGAACAAGAACAAAGGCAGCAACCCAUCAUUCGAGACUGACUACGUCGUCAAUGGAUCUAACGAGAAGCUCCAGGUAUUGAAAGAGCCCACAGGACGCGACAUCUCAGCUAACUAUGAUCUGGGGCGGGAGCUUGGCCGAGGAGAGUUUGGGAUCACGUAUUUGGCUACUGAAACGAGCACUGAUAAUAAGUACGCCUGCAAAUCGAUCUCGAAGAAGAAGCUGAGAACUGCAAUUGAUAUUGAAGAUGUGAGGAGGGAGGUGGAGAUCAUGAAGCAUUUGCCACACCAUCCCAACAUCGUCUCGAUUAAGGACACGUACGAGGAUGAUAGUGAUGUUCACAUUGUGAUGGAGCUUUGCGAGGGAGGGGAGCUUUUCGAUAGGAUUGUUUCGAGGGGGCAUUACACUGAGAGGGAAGCAGCUGCUGUUAUGCGUACGAUUGUUGAAGUUGUUCAGAUGUGUCAUAAGCAUGGGGUGAUGCACCGUGAUCUCAAGCCUGAGAACUUCCUGUUUGAAAAUAAGAAGGAGACGUCUGCAUUAAAGGCGAUCGAUUUUGGGUUGUCCGUCUUCUUUAAAUCUGGAGAGAGGUUUAAUGAGAUAGUGGGAAGUCCUUAUUAUAUGGCUCCUGAGGUCCUGAAACGUAAUUAUGGCCCAGAAGUUGAUGUGUGGAGUGCUGGAGUUAUCCUCUACAUUCUGCUUUGUGGAGUGCCACCCUUUUGGGCAGAAACGGAGCAGGGCGUAGCACAAGCAAUAAUACGAUCUGUCAUAGAUUUCAAGAGGGAUCCAUGGCCUAAAGUUUCAGAUAAUGCAAAGGAUCUAGUGAGGAAGAUGCUCAAUCCUGAUCCUAAACAGCGCCUCACAGCUCAGCAAGUGUUUGAUCACACUUGGCUACAGAAUGCUAAGAAGGCUUCGAAUGUCCCAUUGGGUGAGACUGUGAGAACAAGGCUCAAACAGUUUUCAAUGAUGAACAAACUCAAGAAGAGAGCUUUGAGGGUGAUAGCCGAGCACUUAUCAUCAGAGGAAGUGGCUGGCAUAAAGGAGGCAUUUGACAUGAUGGACACUACCAAAAAGGGCAGGAUUAACAUUGAUCAGCUUAGAGUUGGAUUGCAAAAGCUCGGCCAACAGAUUACUGAUCCUGAUCUUCAAAUUCUUAUGGAAGGUGCUGACAUUGAUGGUGAUGGAACUCUAAACUAUGGAGAGUUUGUCGCGGUUACCAUUCACAUAAAAAAGAUGGGAAACGACGAGCAUCUGCACAAAGCCUUUGGAUUCUUUGAUCAAAAUAAGAGUGGUUACAUCGAGAUGGAGGAGUUGAGAGAAGCCUUGAAUGAUGACAUAGACACAUGUAGUGAGGACGUUCUGAUUGCUAUCAUGCAAGACGUUGACACUGACAAGGAUGGGCGAAUAAGCUAUGAGGAGUUUGCAACGAUGAUGAAAUCAGGCACAGACUGGAGAAAAGCAUCGAGGCAAUACUCGAGGGAAAGAUUCAACAACCUAAGCCUGAAGUUGAUGAGAGAUGGUUCUUUGCAGGUAGCUAGUUAGGCACAAAUCAGGAGGAAAGGAAAACCCACCUUGUGUCCCAAAGGAAAAGGGGGGAAAUAUUUUUUGUUUGGUUCUCUCUAAACUUGCUGGUAUUACUUCAUCAUUUUUUCUUCCAUUCAUAUUACUCCUUGGGGGAGGAUCAUUUGGGGAUGAUAGGCAGUUGAAAGAGCAAAUAGAGUGAUAUUAGCACUACUAUUCUUUUGUUUGUUUGGUCAUUCUGAUGAGUUUGUGCAGAAUUAUUUUGUUAAGAGAGUUAUGUAGAAAUGCAGAAAAAUCAAAGAUGAUUUUUUGGAUGGGGAAAUCUGUUGAGUGAGUGAGUAGUGGACAUCAACAGAAUUCACAAGUUGGUGGUUGUAAAUACAUUAUUUCGACAAUU